AUGGCAGAUAAAGCUGCUCAACAAGCUGCUAGAAGAAAUACUAUUGAUUUCCCUUAUAUUAGUAAAUAUGAUUUUAUAAUACAAUUACCGAAAAGAACAGAAAGGGAAUGGCAGGAUAAGUGGACAGUCUUGUUUAGGCAAUUGACAUGUACUGUUAACCCUGUUUCGACUAUUCGAUACACUGGUAACUCUUGUAAUGUGAUCGGUCGUGAGAUAGAAGUUGGCUACCAAAUCACCACUACCAGAUUUGUGAGAACAAUGUUGAUAUGUUUUGAUACAUCAACUCAAUCAGCUAUAUACACUUACUAUGACUUGAUCCCAGGUAUUAACAAUCAAAUCAGGGGCACGCCAAGACCAGACUGGGAAGAGGGUUCAGGAAUUUAUUCACUUUCGAAUGUAAACAGUUACUAUGUGAGAGGUACUCAAAGAAGAACCAUAAACACUUUACUGGGCUUAUCGGCAACGGACACCAAAUAUAUUCAAGACAAUAAUUACUUCUUAUCUAGAGGUCACUUGAUAGCACGAAGUGAUUACUUCUAUGCAGCUCAACAAAACAGUACUUUUUAUUUCCCAAACGCUUUGCCUCAAUGGCAAAGCUUUAAUGGAUUCAAUUGGGACCAAACUGAGACGGAUGUGCAAGAUUAUGCUGCCAAGAAUAAUGUUAGCUUGCAGGUUUGGACAGGUGGAUAUGGAAUUGCUACUUUACCUCACGAAACCACCGGAAGUGAAGUACCUCUUUAUCUUUAUGUUAGUGGAAACACACGACUUAUUCCAGUUCCACUACUUUACUGGAAGGUAGUUUACAACCCAAUUACUCAAAGAGGUGUGGCUUUGAUCGGAGUAAAUAAUCCGUAUAUCACCUGGAAUGAGAUAGACCAGUUUUGUUUUGACCAAUCCGAGAGGCUGACGUGGUUGAAUUGGAGAAAAGAUGACCAAUCGAGGGGAUUAUCCUGGGCCUGUACGGUUACAGCUUUUAGAAGAAUUGUACAAUCAAUGCCCGAAAUUGAGAUUAGAGGUUUACUGUUCUAA